AUGGUGAACGCCCCCGCAAGGCUAUUGCUCUACUUCGUCGUUAUGUUCUUCAUGACAUUAGCGUCCAUGAUUGUGGGCAUGGUAGCUCCUAGCGCGGAUGGAUAUAUGGUCAUGACUGUCUGCUUCACGGCAUAUGUUUUGACCGUACUCUGUGCCUGCCGCGUCUAUACAGAGUACAUCGUCCAAAGCGAUGUUUGCUCACUCGCACACCGCAUCAAGCAGCUCAUCACGGCCGCAGCGCACCUCGCUAUGGCAACCAUCGAAUACCGCCGCAGCCGCAACGCAGAGUCGCCCUCGUCCUCGUCUCCCACAUCUCCGUCCGCGCGGACCGCGGGACCUCGCUGCCCAGAGGAUAAUGACAUCGAGAUGGCCGACCUCAGGCCACGCAGGCACACCAGCGCAGCGGCGUUCUCCGCGCCGUCGAUGUCAACGGGCGUACCCGCCUCGCCGUCCCCGCUGACGCGCCUCAUCGAGGACGGGAAGGGGCCGCCCGCCGCCCGUCGACCAUUCUAA